AUGGCCAAGAAAUUGGCGAGGGAAGAAAGAAGAAGAAGAAUUGCAGAAAGAGGAUUGGAUCGCAUGGCCCUCAUAACGGGUCAGAUCCGAUCGCUUCCUCCCUCACCACCCCCAUCACAACCAACACCUCUAAUCAAUGUUGAUACCUGGUUCAAGGAUGAUAGCCUUAAAGGUUCGACAUUACAGACACAAGAAGUUAGCAAUGAACUUUCUGCGCAAAACAACAUUGAAACUAAGCAAUACGAAGGUGUGGAUGGAAGCAUCAAAACUCAAACACCAGCAGACACAACACCAGUUAAGAAGUCACAAACCAAUAAGGAUCAACUGCUGAACCGGAGACGGCAGACCAACUUUUUCACUUCAAAAAGAUUAAACUUGUGCAUAGUAGAAUCAGAGAACAUGAGAAUCAUGUGUUCUCUCAUAAUAGCGUUGUUGGUAGUCUUGUCUUACGUUGAUUACACAUUGUUUGGAAUGAACAUAGUGAACUCGGAGAGUGUCGUUGCCUCGAGGCCUCUAUACAUUAUUUUGCUGACUGAUGUAACAAUUGUGAUGGCGCGAUUAGUGUACUUCAGGGAGGCAGACGAAGAAGAAAGAGAGGUUAGUAGUAGUCAAGAUAAUGAGGGACAAAGUUGGGCUGAAGCAGUUAAGCUUUUAGAGAGGGGUUUGGCAGUCUAUCAAGCCAUUCGUGGGAUUUUCAUAGAUUUCAGCGUUUAUGUUGUGGUUGUCAUUUGUGGCCUCUUUUUUAUAACCUAA